GCCACUGCCACCGCACCCGAGCCGCCUACACCCGGCUCAGCUCUCGUCGGUCUCCCAACCCUGCAGCUCGGGAGCUCUUGGGAACUCUGCGCCCGGUUCCCGGACUCCACGUGCCCCGCGGUCCCCGAUUGUCCAUAGUCCCCAUGGCCACCCAGAGGGGCGAGCUAGGAGACGCCUGAGGAAGCCCAGACGGUGCCCGUCCACGGCCCUGCGGGCUGCACGGCGGGAGUCUGCACGGAGCUAUGCUGAGGCCGCGGGGUGCGGAGGAAGCCGCGCAGCUCGCCCCUCGGCGUGCCCGCGUCCUGGUCCCCGCAUCCAGACCCACGGCCCCCGACGUGUCUCCGGCUUCCACCCGCCUGAAUCUUGCCUGCCUGCUACUGCUGCUGCUGCUGACUCUGCCGGCCCGUGUUGACACAUCCUGGUGGUACAUAGGGGCACUGGGAGCCCGAGUGAUCUGUGACAACAUCCCUGGUUUGGUGAGCCGGCAGCGGCAGCUGUGCCAGCGCUACCCAGACAUCAUGCGUUCAGUGGGUGAAGGUGCCCGAGAAUGGAUCCGAGAGUGUCAGCACCAGUUCCGCCAUCACCGCUGGAAUUGCACCACACUGGACCGGGACCACACUGUCUUUGGCCGUGUCAUGCUUAGAAGUAGCCGGGAGGCAGCGUUUGUUUACGCCAUCUCAUCAGCAGGAGUGGUUCACGCUAUCACUCGGGCCUGUAGCCAGGGUGAGCUGAGUGUGUGCAGCUGUGACCCAUACACCCGCGGUCGGCACCAUGACCAGCGAGGGGACUUUGACUGGGGUGGCUGUAGUGACAACAUCCACUAUGGUGUCCGCUUUGCCAAGGCUUUUGUGGAUGCCAAAGAGAAGAGGCUUAAGGAUGCCCGGGCCCUCAUGAACCUGCAUAACAACCGCUGUGGGCGCACGGCUGUGCGGCGCUUUCUGAAGCUGGAAUGUAAGUGUCACGGUGUGAGCGGCUCCUGCACGCUACGCACCUGCUGGAGGGCACUCUCAGACUUCCGCCGCACUGGUGACUACCUGAGGAGGCGGUAUGAUGGGGCCGUGCAGGUGACCGCCACCCAGGAUGGCGCCAAUUUCACAGCAGCCCGCCAAGGCUAUCGCCAUGCCACCCGGACUGAUCUUGUCUACUUCGACAACUCCCCUGACUACUGUGUCCUGGACAAGGCUGCAGGUUCCCUAGGUACCGCAGGCCGCGUCUGCAGCAAGACCUCUAAAGGAACAGAUGGUUGUGAAAUCAUGUGUUGUGGCCGAGGAUACGACACAACUCGGGUCACCCGCGUCACCCAGUGCGAGUGCAAAUUCCACUGGUGUUGUGCUGUGCGGUGCAAAGAGUGCAGGAACACUGUGGACGUCCACACCUGCAAGGCUCCUAAGAAGGCAGAGUGGCUGGACCAGACCUGAACACACAGAUACCUCCUUCAUCCCUCCACUUCAAGCCUCCAACUCAAAAGCACAAGAUUUUUGCAUGCACACCUUCCUCCACCCUCAAUCCUGGGCUGCUACAGCUUCUGUUAUGGACUUGGAGAGUGAUCCAGGGGGACCCCAAUGUCCUGGCUGGUUCCUUAGCCCUAGGGAGGAGUUGCUAGGGGAUGGAUAUGAGAGUGAGUGGCUCCCUGCUAUUCCACCUGGAGGUUUGGAGGGAGAGUAGAAGAGGUAGGAGCUCUCUUCAGAGUGAUCUGAGUUGCACUAAAGUCAAGGCUCAUUGUCCCCUUUGCUUGCACUGACUUCUGAUACUCUUUGGGUAUGCAACAGGAAGGGAAUCUGGAGGUGGCUUCCUUUUUGAUCCUACUGUAGCCAAGGACAUAGGACAGAGAUAAAACUGCCUGUCCCUUCACAGGACACAGUCUGUGCAGACAAUCUUAGGCUAUAGUAUUCUGCUGAGACCCUGACAUAGCUAGAUGUGUCAGCCAUGGUGAACAAGGCUUCACCUCAUGCUCUUAUACAGCUUAUAAACCAGUGGUUUUGUGAGGGGAGAAAUCACACAACUGUACACAUGCACAUUCUCUGUGUCUCCUUUUUCACCUACAUCAGUCAGCCGCAGCCUGCUCACUGGCUGCUUGUUAGAGUGAGGUAGCUUGCAGUGGUUCCAAGUCUUAAUAGACCAUUAGAGCCCUGGAACAGAACUGUGAGAGAAUAGUAUGUUAAGCCUAGCUAGGCCUUUGGACUCCCCCCGCCCCAAUCCAUUAUUCUGGACAUUAUGUAGGUUUGAAAAAGACUAAGUGAAAGGCAGGCAACUCAUGGGAGAGUGUAAGCAAACCUGAUCUCAAGGGCUGCAUGAGGAUCAGUGUAGACCAGGAAGCUGGCGAGCUCUCAUUUCGGCAGUUCUUUAGGAGAGGACCUUCAGCACUGACGCAGGAGCAAAAGCAUGUCGCUAUGUAGAGAAUGAGUUGGUGUUGGAGCCAAAGUGGUAGACACCUUAGAAGACAGUAGCCUUCCCCUAUUUACUCAGCAAGUCUUUAUUUUGUGAUUCUUCAAGUCCUACUGAUAACUACUGCCCAUCCAUGAUGGACUUAAGCAGGGGAGGUUCCCUCUAUGCUACUAGUCUAACUAGAGUAUGCAGUAGUGGAAUCUUCAAAGACAGCAGGCAUGGAAAGCUAGAAUAUGGAUAUGGGCUUUGAAAUCUUGAUGGCCUAGUUUUGUAUGACUACACAGUGAUCAUCUUGCCUACUGAUAAACAGCAAUAUUAUAGAAAUCUGCAGUCUGACGGACCGAGGUUCGAUGCCAGUUAUUUACGCACUCACUGUGUUUUUUAUUUUCAGCAGGCUCUUUCAAUCCUCCGGGCCCGUUUUUUUAUCUGUAAAAUGAGGAUGCAUGCCUCGCUCAGAUAUUGAGAUUUAACAGCCAACAGAUA